GAAAAUGCUAUUUUGUUAUUCUCGUUUAAGUGUCUACUAAGAUAUCGCCAUGAAGUUUGUCCUGCUUCUGUGCGCCUGUGUGGUUGUGUCUUCCGCCCUGGAGCUUCCUAGUCUCAAGCUGCUGUUGGAGCAGAAACACCAACUGCGUACGAAUCAGGGAGAGCAAUCCUCACUAAAGAAACGGAGUGAGCCACAGCUGGGAAAACGCUUGUGGAUCGGCUCCGUAGUCCACAGUAUCGAACAUGCAGCUCAGAAUGUCGGUCAUGCGGUCGAGACAGCAGUCCACGAUGCUGGUCAUGCAUUAGGAGGUCUUUUGGAAGGCGCCAAAGAUGUUGUGGGAGAGGCUAAGAAUGCAUUCCAAAAUGUUCUGAAGGACAUCGAGAGAACAGUCCAAGAUCUUGGUCACCAACUUUCAGAUUUACUAUCAAGCGUUCCGAAUGUAUGUAACUAUCUCGUUCAUAACGGCUCGACAGUCGUUCCUACUGAUGUUACAGUGCCUCCAGAGUUAGAGCGAACACUUCAAGUAGUGUUACAAGCUUUCCAGAAAGCGCUCCCUACAACUGAAACUCUAAAGCAUCUCACUGAGGAAGCAUGCCGGGAUGUUCUACACUCAAUCAUAGGAAAGUAGAGGCUCAUGACGAAUCAGCUUCACACAGAUCUCGAACAGUGCAACUGACGACAUUGAGAAAUAUUUCCGGUUCCUGUGGGUGAUUUCUUCUCAAGAAGAUGUUGGACUCUCUGUUUCUGGAAGUCGUCUCUUUAUCCUGCGAUCUCUACGUCAGACGUCCUGUGUCUAAAUGCUCUUGACAUUCACAUACAGAGGAGAAUAAAGUAACGAACAACAAUG